AUGUCGAGAUCUGGGUCUCGUUCUAAGCGCCAGUCUUCUUCGAGGGCGGCGCAAGCCUCUUACUCUCUAACGGCUUCAGCUGGUCCUUCGAGCUCGCGUCCCUUUCUCAGUAUGCUCAAUCCAAUGAACAGCCAAUAUCACGGCUACACACAAGCCAACCAGGCUGUUCCCGAGGAGAAUGAAGAGUAUGAUGAAAGUGCACCUCACGAAGAUGUCGAUUUGGAGUCUGGUCGUAGCACUAUCUUUCAUAACGCACACGAGGCGAAACCUUCGAGGCAUGCCCAGGGAAAGCGUAGAGUGGCUUGGGACCCCGGUGCCUCGGAGAUGAGCUCGUUCCACCCCAAUAUUCACAAAGAAGAUAAGAUGGUCGAACACGAGUCGUCAGACGACGAGGUUCCACAGAGUUUCAAGGUGGAGCCGACGAGUUCCCGCCCUGCUGUGUCGCCGCCUCGGUCUGGCGAGCAGCUGCUGAAACCAGAGUCUCGGAGAAAUCAUGCACUGUAUACUAGCGAGGGAAGAAAGCUGCCACCAUCCGCGCCUCCGGCCUUUGAUAGAUCCCCUUCAUCUUCUCAAUUCCCUCCAAGACCGGCAGGACUCGAUGAAGGGAGUAGUAGAAGUCCCAAUGCCACCUCCACAAGUCAGCGAUCCAGUUCUCCUUUACGGCAAAACAGACCGACUAUGCGUGGUUUAGACGAGUAUGAGAAGGCUUUGUGGAACUGGGUCAAUGUUUACAACCUUGAUGCAUUCCUGCAGGAAGUCUAUGCCUACUACGAGGGAAAGGGGAUCUAUAGUAUUGCGCUCUCUCGAGGGCUCAAUCUACUAACUGUCGGGUUCGUUAUCGGAUUUUCGACGUUUCUGCUCGGAUGCAUAGACUACUCUAGCUUGCGGCGGCAUAGCCAUUCACAACUUUCCGAUGUAAUUGUUCCCCACUGCGUCUCAAGAUUCUCAGGAUUCACACUACUAUUUUUCUUGCUAUUCAUUGCAUUCUAUAUCUGGCAAAUAAUAUCAUUUGUUCUUGGAAUCCAACGCCUUGUUGACAUGUACAAAUUCUACACUUACCUUUUGAAAAUUCCAGACGCUGAUAUUCAAACUAUCGCGUGGUCAGAGGUUGUCCGUAGAAUUGGGGCCAUUCGCGAAGAAAACCCUCUUACGGCUCUGUCUUCAAAGAAAGGUCGGACGUCAGACGACACAGCUACGGCGAAGCUAGACGCCCAUGACAUCGCCAACAGGAUCAUGCGACAGGAAAACUACCUGAUCGCAUUGUUCAACAAGGAGCUUUUAGAUCUACGAGUGCCGUUACCGGCCGUACUGAAACGAUUUAUACCCGAGGAGGAAGGGAAGGGAAAGAUGCUGACGCAGGCAUUGGAAUGGAAUUUGAGGUUCUGUCUUAUGGAAUAUCUAUUUGACCAACAUGGCAAAGUGAGAAAGGUGUUUUUAAAGUCGAAGAAUCGGACUGUUCUUAUCGAAGGGCUGAAGCGCCGCUUUAUCUUUAUGGGAAUCCUUAAUGCCAUCUUUGCACCGCUAAUAGUUCUUUAUUAUCUCAUGUAUUCGUUCUUCAGGUAUUUUGAGCAAUACCACAAAGAUCCGUCGACCAUCGGAAGCCGACGGUAUACUCCUUUUGCGCAGUGGAAAUUUAGAGAGUUCAACGAGCUGCCGCAUAUUUUUGUCCGACGGUUAGAUGAGAGCUACCCAAUUGCCAACAUGUACAUCGACCAGUUCCCAAACGAGAAGAUUGCAUUGGUGAUGCGAUUUGUCGCGUUCAUCGCAGGGUCAUUUGCAGCUGUUUUGGUGCUUGCUACGCUGUUGGACCCCGAGCUGUUUAUCAACUUUGAGAUUACACCGCAUAGGAAUGUGUUUUUCUAUUUGGGAGUUUUCACUGCGACUGUAACAGUCGCGCGUGGGAUGAUACCAGAAGACAAUCGUGUUUUCGACCCAGAACUGCUCAUGUCGGAGGUGGUGAACUAUACACAUUACAUGCCUGAUCACUGGAAGGGCCAAUUGCAUAGCAAAAAGGUCCACCAAGACUUUGGCGAGCUGUUUUCGCGCAAAGUGCUCAUCUUUUUGCAAGAAAUCGUGUCCGUGAUCCUGACGCCGUUCAUCCUGUGGUUCUCACUGCCGUCAUGUGCGCCCGCAAUUGUCGAUUUCUUCCGCGAAUUCUCGGUACAUGUCGAUGGACGCGGGUACGUGUGCAGCUUUGCCGAGUUCAACUUUGAGCGGCACGGGAACGUCAAGUUUGGAGCGCCCGGACCAGCAACGCAAGGGAACGGGGACAACAGGAAGAUGCUGUCGAACGAGGGCAAGAUGGAGAAGAGCUUUUUGAAUUUCAAAGCAGCAAACCCUGACUGGAACCCGGCGGACCCAUCGGGCUCGCUGUACCUAAGUCGGAUGGCGGACCUGAACGCGCACUUGCAGUACCCGCACUAUCGACGGCGGUUUGGGGCGCAGGCGACGUACAAGCCCGAGUUUGGCAGCUCGGGGUAUGGACUUGGGCACGAGGGCAGUGCGAGCAGCGAAGCGGGGCCUGCGGAGAGUGGGUACAUGGAGAGGGACCGGGCGCACGAGUACGACCAGGCGAUGCGGCACAGUCGGAUGGCGGCUGCUGUGAGGAAGCGGGCGGGUGUAGGGGCGAGUAUGGUGGGGAUGUCGACGAUGCUUGGAGCGGGCACGGUGAUGGGCGAUGGUGGGGUUGCUGCGUCGGUGUUUGGGGCAGGAGAGAUUGCAUCUGCACCGAGUGUGGUGCUCGGGGAUUCGCGGGGGAGCGUGCAGCUUGCGGGGGGCUCUGGACGGAUUGCGCAGGAGGACGUUGCGGCGGACGGCGGGGUUGGGAGCGGGCUGGGAGAAUCGUACGUGGAUGGGUCGAGCGCUCGACGUGCGGCGGGGAAAGUCGAGGAAGAGGAAGAUGAGGGAUUGGAGGACGGCGGGGUCCUUGGACUGUUGGCGCAAAUCUAUGGUAGGCGGGAUGGAGGCGCUGUGGUCAUGUAA